AUGGCUACAAAGUUGAAGGUGGUGAAUGGUGUGUUCCUCGUCGACAAGAAGGGGCUCUCCUUCCCGCUGAAAGAGGCGCCUUGCUCGCGGGACCAUGACGCCUACUACUGGAUGCAGCAGAUUCAUCGGCCUUCCAAAAGCUACCCCUACAUGUCAGUCUUUGAGGAGGAGCUCUUGCGGUUGCAUGAUGAGCUGCGGAACCAUCCGGGCCGCUAUGCAAGGGUCCUUGAGACGUGGCUGAAGCGCUUUGAUGCACAGCGCUCCGUGGUGCGCUUGCCUUCAGGGCCAUUGCUGCUGAGGGAAGGUGCCACCGUUUUGUGUGAGGCCAUGGAGUUUCUCAAAGCCCAAGAAGGCCACUUCAAGCCCAAAGUGAAGCAGUUGACGCCCAGCAAGGCGCUGUGCUACGGCUGCCAGCUGCACUGCCACGCUGCGGGCCGCUUGGGGCUGGACGCUCACGUCUCGCCCAGCCUGGUCUCGGAGGAGCGUUUCGCAGAGAUUUUGAGGACCUUGAAGGUUCGUGAGACGACGUCCACACGCCAGGCCAGCGUGGCGGCCCGCUCGACGGUGACUUGCGGGGCGACGAAGGAGGAGAUGACGGGGCCCAACGCCCGGGCGAGCGCAUUCUUGGUGAAGGAGGACCAGGUGGCCGAGAACUGUUGCUUCGGCCCUUUGACCCCCUUGGAGGCCGUGCUCAGCCUUGUGGUCGACGACGGAGAAGCCAGCCGUGGGCACAGGCGGAACAUCUUCGAUCAUCGGCACCGCUUUGUGGGUGUUGCCCACGGGUUGCACCUCUUCAGUGGCGUGAUGAGCGUGAUGGCCUUCUCCCCCAAGGAGACCUUGACGGAGAAAGCGAGCGCAGAACUGGACGGUCUCCACCGGGCGUUCCGUGGGCGGCUGACGGUGGCGGACUUCGUCGCGGGCGACGCCCUGUUGGACAUCGUGCGGCCGCGGAUGUGCGUGGGCUGCGGCGGCAUCCAGUUGGGCGAUGGGAUGCGGAAGUACCGUGGCCUCGAUGAGCAGGGUGUGGAGAUGGAGAACGCGUACUGUCAUCCCGAAUGCGAUGUGUGCCCGCAGUGUGGAGAGCGCCUAGAAGAGUCGGGAGAGAACCUCUGCACUCGCUUCACCAGGAAUGGCAUGACCAAGCGCUGCCACCAGCGCUGCAUCGCACAGGCCUUUGGCAUGUACUGCAAGCUGUGCGGCGCCCCGAAGAGCGGAAACUUCAUGGAAUACAACGACUUCAACCGGCCAGCCUUGGAACCCAUCAUGGACCUCAUCGUCGUGAAGGCGAAGGUGAAGACUCUGAGGGAGGGUGAUCUCCUGUGCCAUGCAUGCGUGGAGCCACUGUUCCAAGCACAUCGCAGGCGGGUGGAUGAGCAAUUAAGCGCACUGGCAAAGAAGCGGGAGGAAGAGGCCAGCAAAGUCUGCGUGGCUUGUGGAAAGCAAGUGAGAGGAGUUCCGGUGAUCUUCAACGGGGCGCUCUACCACAAAAAGUGCCACUCCAAGUGCCACUCCAAGCCUUGCGUCGUUUGCAAGCAGAUGAUCAGUGAGCAUGAUGAGCGCCUCAUCAUGGAAGAAGAGACACACGUUCACCGAAGGUGUGCUGAUCGAUUCCGGAAGGGACGUGCCGCUGGAGCCAAAGCGCUCUGCGGGCAGUGCGGCAAUGAGUUUUCGAGCACCUCACGGCGAGUGCAGGUGGAUGCUCUGUGGAUGCACGAGGAGUGCUACCAAAAGUCGCGCGAGACGCGCUGUCGGGUUUGCCGGGAGCUGAUCCGGACCGAGCCCCGAGUCUCAUGGAGCCAGGAGAGCACGGACGGGGUCCACGGAGGUUUGGAAGAGCCGCUGGAAAGGCUACCGAACGUGCACCCCAGCACUCGCCCCAGCACUCGGGAGCGCGGCUCGGCGCGGCCGUUGACGGCGCAGAGCCGGGCACAGAGCCGAGGGCAGAGCCGUGGCGCGGGAACGGCCAAAGCCAAGACGCCGCACUCCAUCCCUGGCAACGUGGGCUACUAUCAGCGCGCAGAGGUGAAGGGCCGAGUGAAGCAGCCCAAGUUGGACACCGACAUGGCCAAGCUCAAGGAGCUUUUUGCCUACUGUGAGGCCAGCAACUAUCGAGGGGUACGUGCCAUGGUCUCUCACUAUCCCUACCUUUUGGGCUUGACGGACGCUCACGGCUUGUCGGCGCUACACCAUGCAGUGAUGUCUGGAGAGCCUGCCUUCGUCUCGAAGGUCUUGCAACUCUACAGAGAUCCCAAGACCUUCUCCUUGAAGACCCUGAUUUACAGCACCGAGGAGGAGCUCUUGAAAGAUAUGGAGCUUGGGGUGCAGGUGGCAGGUGGCAAGUCGACGGAGGAUAACGAGGCCACGGUGAAGGCUGUGGCCUCUGGGAGCAAGGCGGAAAGCGCUGGGCUGAUGCCCGGCGAUCGCCUUGAGGCCUGUAGCGGUGCCGGCUUCCUGAGCUAUCGACAACCGCCGCCCUUGCACAAGAACGUCCUCGAAUCCUUGAGGAGCAAGUACGUCUCCUCGUCCUUCGGCUUCCCAGUGACCUUAGAAUUCCGCGGGAACGCGGCGGUGGAGAUCUUAGCCAAAGAUGGCUGGACCCCGACACACAGCGCAGCAGGACGCGGUGCUCACGGGGACAAACAGAUCCUAUGGCUGCUGCUGAACGAGGAGGAAAAGGCCCAGAUGUCCAAAGAUAUCGCAGGAUGCACACCUCAACACUGGGUUCAUAUCGAGCAGCGGAUGAGACGGCGUUCCAACCGCCGGCCCUUGAGCGCGGGGCCCUGUGGUUCGAAGCGCCUCGCGUCCUUGGUGAAGAAGACCGGUGACAUCCGGUGACCCUCCGGUGAAGACCGGUGAGGUGAGUGAUUUGCGUCGGAGCUGGCCGUCUCCUGAUCCCGGGUAUCUUUCUGCGAUUUGCAAAAGUGAACUCACGCUGCGACACACAGAGUGCCACUUUCCAGUCAACACAGGGGGACACACAGAGUGCACAAGGAAGACUUCACAAGACCCUGCCAUUGGGUCAAACAACUGGGUUGGUGCAAAGCACCAACACAGACCUUCUGCAUCAUGGCAGCAAAAGAGAGCCCAGGGGUCAAGACAAUCCAUUUUUCUCAUAUGUUUUUCAAUUCGUUUCCCAUCAGGGUGGGCCGGAGAGUCCUGUGGUCCUUUUGUGGUCCUUGAGAUCUCUGGUUGAGGUUUGGUCUCGUGGGGGACUGCUUGCCAGGAGGGUGGGCAAAUGCACAAGAGGUGCAGCCGGGCUAACUGGGGAAGGGCAGACUGGAGAGGACUGUGAAGUGCAAACCAACGUUCCGAACGUAGGAGCUUCCUGUGAUGAUUCCCUCAGUCUAAUCUUUGGAGGCUUUGUGACCUUUUUGAUCCUUUUUGAACAUCUAGCCUAAACGGACAAAAGAGGAAGUUAAAACAAUACCAACUAACGAGGAAUAAGUUUUUCCCAACCAGAACAAUUGAGAUGCAGAGGCUCCACUAAACAAAAUAACUAGAAAUUAGCAGAUCUUACAGAAGGAAGCCGGAUUUGGAUCGCAUGGGCCAACCAGGAAGAUUCGUGGAAAGCGCGAGGCUAAAGUCUGACCCAACUCCUGCCACGUCUACUGUAACGCUUGCUCUCUCGUUUUAGGUGCAUGGACUUGCUCUCGCAGGAGGACAAGGCAAAGAUGUUUGCCGAGACCAACAGCCGCGUUGAGCCCU